AUGUACGUGUCGGCUCUUCAGGUCCGUACGGAGAUUAGAUCAGGCAUGUUUACGGUCGCUGCUUCCGAACUCGUCAUGAAAUCAUUCCUCAUUCUUCAAACACUUGCUAUCGCUGCACUUGCUCAGUAUACUCCUGAGAAUGCUCCUGAUCAAACUCAGGAUGGUCAGACAGGUACCAACAAGUGUGGCACAGUCUCGAGCCAGACGUCGAUGUGCCAGAAUGCAUACUUGAACUCUGUGAGCGACUUUUGUCUGUACGCGCCACCCGAGCCUGGUCCUGGUUCCACUAUCGGUGAAACGGAACGCAUCGAGGUAUCGUGGUGCACACAAGACGGGAAAGGCACGCGCGUAAUGCCCGAUGGCACACUUCAAGGUGUUCACUUCGUCAAGACCCCAGACUAUGUGCAAGUCACUGGCAUCGGCGAUCUCACGAAAAUAAACAUUCCUCAGGGUGAUGCGGGAGGCGAAUUGGAUCCUCACGGUGCUGAUGGAAAUGGUAACCCUAUUGGCGGACUUGUUUUCUCCAAUGCGUAUGGACAGAUGGAACAGAUACAUGAAUGGACGAAUUUCAUGUCAUCGACUGAAUUUUGUUUCCGUGCUUGCAGAGACGGACAAAAUGCAGCAACACUGUGCCAACACAUUUACGACGAGAUGGGUUGCGAAUGGAACAUGCCCGGUAACUAUGAUCCAGGCGUAUUUGAGGAGUGCGCUGGAGACACCGGAGAGCCGAUGGGAGUCUAUGGCGGAUCGACUUUCCACCAGGGCGAUGCCCAAACGCCACCGCCUCACCCUGCACCCUCAUCAUCUCAAUGCUCGACAAUUGCGACUAUCAGUGCAGAUGCGACCUCGUCCACGUCCACGUCCUCGUCCUCGUCUUCGGGAACGAAUACAGCCUCGUCAAAGGGUAGCUCAUCGACAUCGAGCUCGACUAGCGCACCAGCAUCGCAAUCAAAUAACUCAUCCAACAACGCAGCUGUUGGAAACUACCUCGGAACUCCUACGAUGGGGGUCUUCGAUUUUGGGCUACGCAUAACGAAUUCUGCCUUUCUGGUUCUUUCCUUGGAUACGGCAGACGCACAAUGGAUGAUUAGACAUCGAGCAAUUUCCAGGGACCUUUUCUCCGUCUUCGCGGCGACACGAGCUUUUACAUUCUUAUAUAUGUCCGUGUCAUUUUGCUCGUCGCGACGGUUCAUCAUGCGAUUAACUGGAAAAGUCCCUCCACCUCAGCAAGCAGUAGCGGCUGUUCUUUCUAUCCUGAAGAAAUCUCCAAAUGGCGCAUCUACGCGAGAAAUCUACGAGCGUGCAGCGCCGAAAACUAUACCCAGAAACGAGAUAGAAUCGGCUGAGGAGCCCCCUUUCCAGUCCAUGAGGUUUCUGAAGAAAACGGUUUUAGCGGCGAUGCAACGAAAUGGUACCAUCGAGAAGUUUCAUGUGAUGAAGGACCCAUCUCCUGAGCAGGUAGCCGAGACUGCGAAGUUAGCUGCAAGAAAGACGAUGAGGAAGCCAAACCCGGUCGCACCCAGGCGUACAUGGCUCUGGAGGAUCCAUGAAUGGGGCCAGUCAAUCGAACAGGCGAGGGAGUCGUACGGGAAACGGUUAGAAGCACAGCAGCACAAACAACAGUCGACAAAGUCAAAGGAGCACUCUGCUUGAGUUUCGAUCGGUGCAAGGGAAACUUGAUGAUCGUUGGCUCUAACGAACGGGAGUGAUCGAGCAACCCGGUAAAUACGGAAAUACUUGCGGCGGAAAAGCGCUUCUACUUGGCGCCAUGUCGCGGCGGAUUGCGCACUCGGGGAGAAGAGACGGGUAAAAUGGAACAAGGAUUUCCAAGACGGAGUUGUUUAUUUGUGCGUAUAUCAUACCUGACCGUCUAAUAGGCGAAUAACUUCCUUAAUGACUAUAAAAACGAGUAUAACGCUACCCUUAUCAAGGCAUUGAUACCGUGGGAUCUGCGAGGUGUUCGAGAAGAAACGUCGCUUCCAAUCUCUUAGCGAUUCCCAGCAAUUUAUUAUGCAUGAUGGGCAAUACGCCUUCUUCAAGGUCUUGUGCUAUAGCGAACUUCUGUGCAGCAUGGCUCGCAGGGAAAAUAAGCGAAUUUUGGUAUGGAAGAUAUCAACUGUGCCUUCGUACGCCAUGUGCUCUGCUUGCUGUUAAACGGUGUUCCGUUCGUGUUAUUGCAGCUAUUGGUCACGACUUUAUUUACAUUGACCUCUGAGUUGUCUGAUAGCCUGUAGGCCAUUCAUUCGAUCAAGUAACAGGAUGACUAUAAGGAGAACUUUCGGUUUUCGCUGUCCUGGCCGAGUCGACUGGCAGGUCUUGAACGAUCUGCGUACCUUGUCUAUAUUUAUUGUGCGCAUCUACUCGGGUUCUGUGAGAGGUCCUUAAAAGCCCGACGGUGUCGUAGAAACGUUCCGUGGAGUCAGUAUGCUGCUCACCCUCUUAUCUCUAGUCGCCGCAGGGGCCGCAUCUGUAGUUCUAAGGGCUCCUGAUCCAUGCGCUGCAAUAGGAGGGCAGAAAUGGGUAGCACCCAGCGCAGUUCGUGCGUGCUUCGAGUCCUUCCCCAUCAACGAGACGAUUAAGGAAAAUAUUCUUGAAGUUGUGACGAAAUCACUUGCGUUCCAUACUUCAGUCAAUUACCAAUUGCGCGCUCCGGAGCCGUUCACUGCGGACGUGCAUGAGGAUAUCCUCGGCGAUCUGGCCCGUAUUGGGCGUACAAGUUACCCUUCCGAGUUUGAAAUGCAUAUCGACUUGUCGCGCUCCGUGAAACGGUUGAUGGAUGGUCACUGUGUCUAUAUUAACAUGUGCUAUGACUCGCUAUUCUUAACCUUCGUGCCUACUCCUCUGGUGCUUCUUACGGAUGCGCAAGGGAAUCAAGCUGUUCACAUUGCUCCUGAGGCCUUUGAAGUUGCUAGUGCAGAAUUUGCGGACGAGAUUCCCGUCUGGCAGAAUGCACUGCCGGGAAACCUGAAGGGCAAUCUGGCAUCUCUCUCUGGUGCUAAAGUCCUCGCUAUAAACGGCAAAGACCCGUUUGUCGCUGUCGACGCCAAUGCUGCAAUAACAGGAAGCUUCCAAGGUUUUGGCACGCGUCAGAAUAGCUUCUUUUCUAGUUACCAGCGCGUCGAUUCGGGAUGGAACUACGUCAUGGGUAACUUCGCCCAGAUGUCGCUCCCGCUCGCGGACUCUGUAACGCUGACCGUCCAGCGCGUCAACAGUAGCAAGACAGAGACCUUCACUUUACCGUAUCGCUCGCGCUUUGGCUCUACGUCUGUCAACUUUACGGACUCCGCGACCUUCCGCGAAAACAAUUGUGUCGCUGUCGACGGCACAAAUGGCAUGGCCAUAUCCGAAAAUUCAUUUACUAACUCACCUCCAGCUGUGCGUCGACUUCCAGGAGGGCGUUUUGCGCCCAAACCAACUAUAAGCCCGGAAGUAGUAUCAAAGCAUCUGAUCUCGCUCAUGCUUGAUGAUAAACCGCAAACGGAUGUUGUUUUACCCUCCCCACUACAGCCAGCUUCACCAGUCGCUGGUACAGGUGUAUCGCAAUUCUUCUUGCUUGACGAUGGAAAAACAGGUGUCUUGGCCCUUGGCAGCUUUGAGGAACCAGACUUCGAUACAUUCGAGACCACGUUGCUGAGUGGGCUACAGACACUUGUAGGUAAAGGCGCGACCCAACUAAUUGUCGACGUGACCAAUAAUGGCGGAGGCUUCAUUUGUAUCGCCCAUUGGUUACACCGCAUUAUUGCCGGUCCGAAGAACACAACGGUGCCCCAAGCAGGACUGGAUACGAAGGCAAGAGCGGGCCCUCUCGCACAACUCAUCGUCGACCAAAUCGUCACCGGAGCGGACCCUAACAACUUCCUCCUGUAUAAUCCCCUCAACUGGGCGUUCGCGAACAAUACCCCGUUCCCGGCCAACUUUAACUGGCUGCAGGACCCAGUGAAGACGGUUAUCAAUGGACGACAGGACGCAUUCAGUCAACGUCUGGGCCAGGAAUGCCAACCCUUCGAUAUGACGACGCCCGAUGCACCGCUCUUUGACACGAGUAAGGUUGCAAUCGUCAGCAACGGCAGAUGUGCGAGUUCGUGUUCGCUCUUCUCGGUUACUAUGAACAAGGAAGAAGGUGCGAAGAUGGUGGUUGUCGGCGGUAAGAAGGAUGUUACCCAGCAAUAUUGUGGUACGGUUGGCGGACAGUCGUCCGAUUUCUCGACCAUGGACACGGAAGUCAAGACCACUCAUCUCAAGAACAAUUCUCUUGCUCCGCCUGAUUUCUUAACGAAUAGCGUGCAAGGUAUAACCUGGCGCCUCGGAUUUGGUAUCGUGGACCCAACGCAACCAGAGGAAUGGCAAGACCGCACCGCGAACGUGAACUUCCCGCUUACUGCCGAGACCGUUAACAAUCCGAUGGCACUCUGGAAGGCAAUUGCCGCUUCCGUCCUGUGAUCAAUCUCAGUCCAAGUAAUGCUCUUUAGUAAUUUUGGAAUUUACGUGAAUCGAAUUGGAUUGGUGGGGCUUUGGUGGAGAGCGAAGUGAAGUUUUAUUUUUUGUGAAGUCGUUACGCUUUAUAGAAGGAGGACUGCCCGAGGAGUAGGUAUAAAGGAGUGUUCGAAGGAAGUCGGACGUUGGGAGUUUCAGGACGGCUUAGCGCGGAUGAUGUUAGGGUGCAGGCGAGAUGCGUUUCCGUUCAUGCAGCUACACGUGGUCGGUGAACCGGGGCGAGGGCGUCUGGAUGCGGGUUCUGAAGUUGCGAGAUGAAGGAAAGCUUAGGGAAAGAACGGACUAGGGAGGGAGAAAUCAUUGUAGCGGUUCGGUUCGUGCAUCCUUCAAUAUGAACAGGUUAGAAGUGUUCGUAGGUUUGAGGAAACUAGUUCAACUGUAUGCCUGAAGGUUUGAUAGUACUUGUAUCCAACACGAUGGCAAACCUGGCUACCCUACAAGCAAAGCUUGAAGGGUUCUCGGGUUACUUCUACACCUUAUAUCAAUGCAAAGGGAG